AUGGACAAACUUUACGUGCAUUCGGAUAACGCCAGAUCUAUCUAUCUAUCUAUCUAUCUAUCUAUCUAUCUAUCUAUCUAUCUAUCUAAUAUCCUUAGUUUAUUUAAUGGUCACAUUAAUAAUCAUUUUUCUUUUCUUUUCUUUCUUUCUUUCUUUCUUUCUUUCUUUCUUUCUUUCUUUCUUUUUCUUUCUAAAUUUAUUUCUAAUUUCUUUAUUUCCUUCUCUCCUGUCCCGUUUUCUUUCUCCCCUCCAACUUUCCUUCUCCCCUACAACUUUCCUUCUUCUCCCCCUCCCACUUUCCUUCUUCUCCCCCUCCCACUUUCCUUCUUCUCUCCAUCCAGCUUUCCUUCUCCCCUUCCCACUUUCAUUCUCCCCACCUACCGCUUUCCUUCUUCCCCACCCACUUUUCUUCUUCAUUUCUCUGACCUUUCUUCUCCUCCUCCUCCUCCCGCUUUCCUUCUCCCUCCUCAUGCUUUCCUCCCCCCUCUCACUUUCUUUCUUGUUCCUUCCGCUUUUCUUUUCCCCACUCCCAAUUUCCUUCUUACCUUCCCUUUAUUUAUUUGUUAA